UGAUUUUUUCGGAAUACAUAAGUUGUUCGGAUACCUUUUUCUCAGGUGGGUUCCAAGCAACGCGCAACCGACACGCAAUUGGUACGGUGGUACGCUCCCGGAAUCAACCGAUCCUUAGAUGCUAAGCAAACUCACCCGCAUUUCUCUAUUCUAGAGAGACAGAGACAGAGAAAGAGGAGAUAGAGAAAUGGUGGGAGUGCUGUCGAACAAGACCAGCCGGGAGGAACUCAAGCCAGGCGACCACAUCUACUCCUGGAGGAACUUCCACCUCUACGCCCACCACGGUAUAUAUGCUGGUGACGGAAAGGUGAUCCACUUCACUAGGGGUGCUGGACAGGAGAUAGGCACAGGAACAUUUUUAGACCGCAUAAUUUUCAGCUCAUCUCCCUCUCAUCCUAAGGACUCUCCAUGCCCACAAUGUGGCGAUCAAUCAAUGCUUGAUGGUGUCAUUUCUUCAUGCCUUGAGUGCUUUCUCUAUGGUGGUGACCUCUAUAUCUUCCAGUAUUCUGUCUCGCCAUUUCUCUUUCUUGCCAAAGCUCGAGGUGGGACUUGCACUCUUGCCCCUUCUGACCCACCAGAGGAUGUCCUUCACCGUGCUGAUUUCUUAUUGAAGAAUGGUUUUGGUGCCUACCAGAUUUUUAAGAACAACUGUGAGGACUUUGCAAUAUACUGUAAGACAGGUUUACUUGUCUUCACUACCGUUUCUUUGGGUAGGAGUGGACAGGCAGCAUCUUUUCUAGCUGCCACCAGUGCUGUCGUUUCUUCACCACUUCGUUUCUUGACAACUAGCUUUCCUGGUUUGGCCGCAGUGGGUUGUGGUGUUUAUUGUGUUAGCCGAUUUGUUUCUGAUAUCGGGGUACGUCGUGAUGUGACUAAAGUCCCAGUCGAAAGGCUGGUUGCUCGCCCUGGUGUAGAUGUGUCAGAGGCUGCGCCUGAGAUGGGCCAGAAAGACUGAAUGUGAUGCAUGGCACACCAACAUUUCCUAGUAGGUUGCUAUUUACUGGCAUUCAUGAUCACUAAACGCUUGUAUUUGCCAUUUAUUGUGCUUCUUGCUGUUCUUGCUUUAUGUUGUGGCGGCAUAUGUUGAACAUUUGCCAUUUAUUGUGCUUCUUGCUGUUCCUGCUUUAUGCUGUGGCGGCAUAUGUUGAACGUUUGUUAUUCGGUUGCGUGUUUUGAGUUAUAUGUACCCUGAUGUGACAGAUGCUAUCUGUUAUUUACACUGUAUUGUUGUUUCUUUUGUUUUAAUGUUAUUCUAGCGGAUAUCCUUGGUUUA